AUGAUUGAUCAUUUAAACUUUUACGCAAUCGAGGAGUUAAAGAAUACAAAGUCAAAGCCUAGAGAAAGCCUACGAGUUAAGUUCAUGUAUCAAAAAGUAAAUACAUAAGGUGCAAAGUUGUUAGGUGAUUAUAUGGCAAAGAAUUGCUAAAAUCUUGAUAAAUUGCACAUUGAUUUGGGAAACAACUAGCUUGGCGUUCCAUCUAUGAAGCAUGUCUUAAAUGGUCUUAAACAAUGCAAGAAACUCAAAUAUUUUUACUUUAACACCAGUGAAAAUAGACUUGGCUCAUAAGGCCCUAAAGACCUUUCUCAGGUUUUGCAAUUAUUAAAAGAGCUGUGUGAAAUAGAACUUUUCAUGGAGAGUAAUCAAAUCAGCGAUGAAGGGAUUUAAAAUCUUUUUUAGGGAUUAAAACACAACAGCAAAAUUAAAAGACUUUCCAUUCAUCUAGGAAAUAACUCAAUUUAUAAUGGCGGAAUUCCUGGAUUUGUUGAUUGUAUCUCUAGCUUGAGAUACCUUAGCAUUGUCGAAAUAUUCCUUUCUCACAAUUUCAUCACUAACUCAGGCUUAAAAGAACUGUCCAAAAUAUUAGUUUAUUCUUCAAGUAUAAAAACCUUUAUGCUUGAAUUUAGCAACAAUGAUAUCGAUUAAGUAGGUAUUUAGUAUUUAUCUGACGCCUUAAAAACGUGCUCUACUCUAAAAAAAUUAUAUCUAAAAUUAUCAUAUAAUAAUAUCGGUAGAGAAGGAAUACAAUAUUUAGCCCAAGGAAUAUAAUAUUGCACUGAUUUAACUCACUUGUCACUAUUUUUAUAAUCUAGCUUUAUUGACUAUGAAGGUUCAACUUAGUUAAUAACUGCAGUUAAGUCAUGCAAAUAUCUUUCUUAUUUCUUUGUUUUUGCAUGGAUGUGCGAUUUUGUGAGCUGGCAAUAAGAAAAAUUAUUAAAAUCCCUAAAGAAAUAGAAAAGAUUAGUUGAGUGCUAAUUUUAGAUUUGA